UGGAGGACGCCAGCUGGCGGCGCGGGGCCCGGGCGCUGUGAAGAGGGCUUGGGGGCUGUGCCGAGGGCGCCGGGCCCGGACCGGGAGCCGUCUUCCGCCGGCGCUGCAACAUGGGCGGCAAGAACAAGAAGCACAAGGCGCCGGGCGCCGCGGCGGUGCGGGCCGCCGUGUCUGCCUCGAGAGCCAAGGCCGCCGAGGCCGGCCCCGCCGCCGAGGCCCAGACCAAGAAGCCAGUGGCCCGGCCGCCCGCCGCCGCCGGUCCCCGGGAGCCCCGCGUCAGGCCAGGUCCGAAAAUUUAUAGUUUUAAUUCUGCAAAUGAUUCUGGUGGUCCUGCAAAUCUGGAUAAAUCUAUUUUGAAAGUGGUGAUUAAUAACAAACUAGAACAAAGAAUUAUUGGAGUGAUCAAUGAGCAUAAAAAGCAAAAUAAUGGCAAGGGGAUGAUUUCUGGAAGACUUACUGCCAAAAAAUUACAGGAUUUAUACAUGGCUCUGCAGGCGUUUUCCUUUAAGACCAAGGACAUUGAGGAUGCCAUGACCAACACCCUGCUACACGGAGGGGAUCUUCACUCGGCCCUGGACUGGCUCUGCCUAAACCUUCCCGACGAUGCACUUCCUGAGGGAUUCAGUCAGGAAUUUGAAGAGCAACAACCUAAAAGUAGGCCCAAGUUCCAGGCUCCUCCAGUGCCAGCCACUGUUUCACCUCCAGUGCAGCCUAAAACCAAAAGACAGGAAGAGGAGCCUAAGGUUAAGUCAAAAAAGGAAGAAAAGAAUUUGGAAGUGAAUAUGAAAGAAUGGAUUUUGCGGUAUGCUGAACAACAAAAUGAAGAAGAAAAGAGUGAAAAUUCUAAAAGUUUGGAAGAAGAGGAAAAAUUUGACCCUAAUGAACGGUACUUACACCUGGCAGCAAAACUUCUGGAUGCGAAGGAGCGAGCAGCUGCCUGUAAACUGGAAAAAAACAAGCAAGGGCAAAAGGAAGCUCAAGAAAAAAUAAGGAAAUUCCAAAGAGAAAUGGAAACUCUAGAAGACCAUCCAGUAUUCAAUCCAGCCAUAAAGAUUUCACCUCAACAGAAUGAGAGGAAAAAGCCUCCUGCCGCCACAGAAGGGGAAAGUGCUUUGAACUUGAAUUUACUUGAAAAAUCUGCAGCUGCCACUGAAGAGGAGAAAGAGAAAAAGAAAGAAGCUCACGAUGUAAGAAAUUUUGACUACACUGCUCGGAGCUGGACAGGAAAGUCGCCCAAACAGUUCCUCAUCGACUGGGUCCGGAAGAAUCUGCCCAAGAGUCCAAACCCUGCCUUUGAGAAAGUUCCCGUCGGUCGGUACUGGAAAUGCAGGGUGCGGGUGAUCCGGUCUGAAGACGAUGUGCUGGUGGUGUGCCCUACGAUCCUGACGGAGGACGGCAUGCAAGCGCAGCACCUGGGGGCCACCUUGGCUCUUUACCGCCUGGUGAAAGGGCAGUCCGUUCACCAGCUACUUCCUCCGACCUACCGCGCGGUGUGGCUGGAGUGGAGUGAUGCCGAAAAGAAAAAGGAAGAAUUAAAUAAAAUGGAGACCAACAAGCCCCGGGACCUUUUUAUCGCCAAACUUCUGAAUAAAGUGAAGCAGCAGCUGCAGCUACAGCAGCAGCAGCAGCAUUCUGGGGACAAGAGAGAGAGCUCGGAAGACCCUGAGGAAUCCUGGGAAGAUCUGGUUUCUGAGGAGGAUUUUUCUGCCCUGUCCUUGGAGUCAGGAAAGGCAGAGGGUUUGGAGCCUGUUCGGAGCCUCUUCAGAAAGCUGCAGAGCACCCCCAAGUACCAGCGCCUCCUGCGGGAGAGGCAGCAGCUGCCCGUGUUCAGGCACAGGAGUGCGAUCGUGGAAGCCCUGAAGAGGCACCGCGUGGUGGUGGUGGCGGGGGAAACGGGGAGCGGGAAGAGCACGCAGGUGCCGCACUUCCUUCUGGAGGACUUGCUUCUCAACGAGCCGGGGACGAGGAAGUGCAACAUCGUCUGCACCCAGCCCCGCAGAAUCUCGGCCGUGAGCUUGGCCACGAGAGUGUGUGACGAAUUGGGCUGCGACAGCGGACCUGGAGGAAGGCUCUCCUUGUGUGGCUAUCAGAUCCGGAUGGAGUCUCGGGCCGGCGAGUCGACCCGGCUGCUCUAUUGUACCACAGGGGUUUUGCUCAGGAAACUUCAAGAUGAUGGUCUCCUAACCAAUGUGUCUCACGUGAUUGUAGAUGAGGUUCAUGAAAGAAGCGUCCAGUCCGACUUCUUACUGGUUAUCCUGAAGGAGAUUUUACAGAAGCGCUCUGAUCUGCACUUGAUCCUCAUGAGCGCCACCGUCGACAGCGAGAAGUUCUCCACCUACUUCACACACUGCCCCAUCCUCAGGAUCUCGGGGCGAAGCUAUCCCGUGGAGGUUUUUCAUCUUGAAGAUAUAAUAGAAGAAACAGGCUUUGUACUGGAGAAAGACUCAGAAUAUUGUCAGAAAUUCCUGGAGGAGGAAGAAGAAAUAACCAUUAAUGUUACAAGCAAAGCAGGGGAAAUAAAAAAAUACCAGGAAUACAUCCCAGUGCAGACGGGAGCAGGUCCUGGCUUAAAUCCCUUUUACCAGAAGUACAGCAGCCGCACGCAGCACGCUCUGCUCUACAUGAACCCUCACAAGAUCAACCUGGACCUCAUCUUGGAGCUUCUUGCGUAUUUAGACAGAAGUCCCCAGUUCAGGACCAUGGAAGGAGCGGUGCUGAUCUUCUUGCCUGGCCUCGCCCACAUUCAGCAGCUGUACGACCUGCUGUCGGCGGACAGGAGGUUUUCCUCUGCACGCUAUAAAGUGAUAGCUCUGCACUCCAUUCUCUCCACCCACGACCAGGCCGCAGCCUUCACACUCCCCCCUCCGGGAGUCAGGAAGAUUGUUUUAGCAACAAAUAUUGCAGAGACAGGCAUCACUAUUCCAGAUGUUGUAUUUGUCAUUGACACUGGAAGGACAAAAGAAAAUAAGUACCACGAGAGCAGCCAGAUGAGCUCUCUGGUGGAGACCUUUGUCAGUAAGGCGAGCGCUCUGCAGCGCCAGGGCAGAGCCGGGCGGGUGCGCGACGGGUUCUGCUUCCGGAUGUACACGCGAGAGAGAUUUGAAGGCUUUAUGGAGUAUUCCGUCCCUGAAAUCCUCCGUGUGCCUCUGGAGGAACUAUGUCUUCAUAUUAUGAAAUGCAAUCUGGGUUCCCCUGAAGAUUUCCUCUCCAAGGCCUUAGACCCUCCUCAGCUCCAAGUCAUCAGCAACGCAAUGAAUUUGCUCCGAAAAAUUGGGGCUUGUGAACUGACGGAGCCUAAACUGACUCCCUUGGGCCAGCACCUCGCAGCUCUGCCCGUGAACGUCAAGAUCGGCAAGAUGCUCAUCUUUGGCGCCAUAUUCGGCUGCCUGGACCCCGCGGCCACGCUAGCCGCAGUCAUGACCGAGAAGUCUCCCUUCACCACGCCCAUCGGCAGGAAAGAUGAAGCGGACCUUGCGAAGUCAGCGUUGGCGACGGCCGAUUCCGACCACCUGACCAUCUACAAUGCGUAUCUAGGGUGGAAGAAGGCGCAGCAGGAAGGCGGCCCUCGCUCUGAAGUGGCUUAUUGCCGGAGGAACUUUCUCAGCAGAACGUCCCUGCUCACCCUGGAGGACGUGAAGCAGGAGCUGAUCAAGCUGGUGAAGGCAGCAGGGUUUUCGGCGUCCACAGCCUCUAACGGCUGGGAAGGAAGCAAGGCCACCCAGACCCUGUCCUUCCCAGAAGUCGCCCUCCUGAAGGCCGUGCUGGCCGCGGGGCUCUCGGACAGCGUGGGCAAGAUCCUCUGCACCAAGUCCGUGGACGUCACCGAGAAGCUGGCCUGCGUGGUGGAGACGGCCCAGGGCAAGGCGCAGGUGCACCCGUCCUCCGUGAACCGGGACCUGCAGACCUACGGGUGGCUCCUAUACCAGGAGAAGGUCAGGUAUGCCCGCGUGUACCUGAGGGAGACCACGCUGAUCAGCCCCUUCCCCGUGCUGCUGUUCGGGGGCGACAUCGAGGUGCAGCACCGCGAGCGGCUCCUCUCCGUGGACGGCUGGAUCCACUUCCAGGCCCCUGUAAAGAUAGCUGUCAUUUUCAAGCAGCUGAGAGUUCUCAUUGAUUCAGUUCUAAGAAAAAAGCUGGAAAAUCCUAAGAUGUCCCUUGAAAAUGACAAGAUUCUACAGAUCAUUACGGAAUUGAUAAAAACAGAGAAUAAUUGAAACGGAGGUUCAUGGUUAACUUCUUUAAAUGUCAGAUGAAGACGCAGUCGUGAAGUGAUGUGAACACGGAUCGUCCCGUGAGGUCUUCAGGACGUAGACCGCGGUGCUCGCCACGACAGAGGUGGCGGGAGAAGCACAGCCUUUAACGCGUAAUUUUCUAGUUCCUUUUUCAUGACAGUUCUUCCCGGUGUAUUUGCCACGACACUUACAAUAAACCCUUUGGUGCCA